ACUACUAUUUUUAGACAAGGAUUGCUAUUUAAAUGUCUUAAUUUUGUGAUUGUGUUUGACUAAUUUGUUUUGGAAAAAUUGUGUAAAGAAUUCUAUGUAGCCCAUUAGCCAUUAGGCUGGGUAUUUUAAGUGUCUUGUACUGGAUACUAGUAAAACCAGAACAUAUCGGCUGCCUAUGUGAUUGGGUUUUCUUGGAUACAUAAUUCAAUAUGUGUAGCUUAACUUGAAGUAACAGAGCAAUACUGCAUUUAGGGUGUGAAAGAUACCUAAUAUCUUCCUGUGAUAAAGCAAGUUAAUACAGUGAGUAAACAUUUGGUACCAAAAAAAAUUCAUUGUUGCUAAAUGGAUAGAAAACAUUUGAAGUUCAGGUAUACACCAUAGCACAAAUAUGUGGACAAUGUUCGUCAACAGCAUGAUUUAAGAUGUUAAGGUUGUUUUAGAUGUUGUGAUACAGGGAGACAGUAUUACAAGUGGUCAUUCAAUGGGUGCACAUAGUUUUAAUAGAUAACAAAGCUGACUGUAUAACAUAGAAUGCACCAAUCAGAUAAUUGAACCUUUUGUUUUGUGCGCGGAUACUUACAAGUCACAAACAAUGGAUAGAGCAAAAGUGUUUAAAGAUUAUUUUAUCAGCAGACAAAACACAGUGCUGAUACCAAAUGAGGACUUUGGGAGGCGAAAGUUUAUAAAUGUGGGUGUGAACCGACGUUUGAGUCUCUCACAAAUCGAGGAAACCAGUAGACGUCAUAUCCAAGAGGAGGACAUGCGCUCAGGAAACAAGCAGUGGAUACAUCCACCAGAUGCCCUCACCAAGGGUCAUAUACUCUACAAUGUCAAGUUUUAUGGAGAAUGCGAGGUGGACUCUCCUAAAGGGACAGAAGUGGUGAAGGAAGCCAUUCGAAAAAGGAAGUUUAACAAGUCUAUACGGAAAACAGAAGGCCAAAGAACACCAAAGGUGGAGAUUUCAAUCUCUGUAGAUGGAGUGGCUAUACAAGAUCCAAAGACAAAGAUGAUACGCCAUCAGUACCCCCUGCAUCGGAUAUCAUACUGUGCUGAUGACAAGUCAGACAAGCGUAUGUUCACGUUCAUUGCCAAGUCCCAGGCCUCCAACACACACUACUGCUAUGUGUUUGCCAGUGAGAGAAAUGCAGAGGAGAUAACUCUUACGAUCGGUCAAGCUUUUGACCUUGCAUAUAGGCGCUUCCUGGAGACCCAAGGCAAAGACGCGGAUUUGAAACGAGCACAAGAUGCCCUACAGAGAAGAGUGAAGCAACUUGAACAGGAAAAUACUCAGCUUAAACAACGCAUACGAGAGCUGGAAGCCCUGAAAGAUCGUGCUGAUAUUGAGCAGUUCAAACAAAGUAAUCAGAUAUCUUCCUUGACUGACACGGGACCAGUCAACCAGCCAACUGUUUUCACAUUUCCUAACAACGUUGGCGAGACCUGUACUGACAGCCCGCAAAGUUCCCCUCAGCUGAGUGCAGUGGGACGCAGGCUAGAGAACCUGAUGUUUGAACCCUCGACCCCAGACCAAAGUCAGAAUGGGGAAACCUCCCCAAGGACGCUGGGCAUAAUCUCUCCCCCACCCCAAUCUUCGAGACCACGCCCCAGGUCCAGCAGCCUUGCGACAUCCACGUCUCAACUCAUGAGCACUCAGUCUCCUGCGCAGGCUAGCCAAGCCCCUUUCACAAGCAAUGGGCAGAUCCCCUCGGAAAUGGAUGAGCUGGCUGCGCUGUUUGAGUCCUCACCAAUGAACGCUCAUGCGCCGGCGAAUGCGACAUACAAUCAUACAGUGCACAACAAUGCCAACCCAUUCAUAAGCCCUAGCCAAGAUGACACAGACCCAUUUGGAAUGGCAUCCUUUGUGCCCAGUCAGGCUCCUUUGAAACAUACAAUGAGCCUUGAUAGUGAUAUGGAGGCUGGAUUCAGUCAAGGCUUGUCAUUUGGGACUGGAGAUUUUGGAAUGGACAGCUUUGAUCCAUUCAACACCAAUUAAGAACCAUGAAACUGUAAAUUGGCCUUUGUUUGCUGCUAAGGAAAAUGGAAUGUGGUGUCUUUUACCAUUCCAUCUAGUGAUGAAUUGCUAAUGGCAUUCUGCAAUAGAACUGUCUUGUGUUGUUCUACUAAUGUAAAAAAUUCUCCACAGUUGUUGUCACGAUUACAUUUCAUUGAUAAUCACUCAUACAUCACAAGCUUUGUCAUGCAAUUAUAUGUGCAAAAUAAGGUUGUCUUUUAAAACAUGUAAUUUUCUCGUUCAAUAAUGGAAUACAAUUCCAGAUAGAUCAUUGUAUGAUUGAUACUUAUUGAUUGUUUUGUCAAUGGCUAGAGUGUGUAUACAUAUGUUAUCAUUUGCUUGAAGGAUUAUUAUUUUCGCAUUUUUUAAGCAGAAAACCAAGUUCAAAUAGAAAACUUGAUCUAAAGUUUUCAUGUAAGUGCACAUUAAGUUAAUACUUCCCUACUGAGCAUUGUGAAUAUCCGCCAUGUUUUUUUCCAUUGGCCAGUCUUUAAUCGCUUUAAGAUUUCAUUACAAUGCAAAUGUAAACGUUUGUUUCUUUGAUAAUGUUGUAAGGGAUCUUUGUUUGUUAUACAACAUUACAAAUUUUACCACACUUUGUUAAAAUUUUCUGAAAUUAUUAGAGUCCCGUUGUGAGAAAACUGGGCAUAAUGCAUGUCCGCACAGGCUUAUCAGGGACAACACUUUCUGCUAUUAUGACAUUUUUCAUUUAAAUGUAGCAAUAAUCCAAUUUAGGCGGAAAUUGUCAUCCCUGAUUAGCCUGUGUGGACUGCACAGGCUAAUCUGGGAUGACACUUUAUGCACAUGCAUUAUGCCCAGUUUUCUCAGAACACGACUCAUUAGUUUGCCUUAAAAACAGGAGGAAGUUAAGGCUGUUGUUAUAUAACGUGCAAUAAUUGAUGUACAUGUGGUAUUUCUAUGUUAUCUGAAUAUUUUAUCUAAGUUUUCUUAACUGUAUAGUUGACAGUAGACAUGAUUCUAUCAUUUGUGUCAUUUGUGUUUCAUUUAAGUGUUAGAAAUCGCUAACUAGUGGUGGAAGUAGCACAAUUACAUAUCCAUGUACUAAACAUUCCAUUUUUAUCAGAAGUCUAGUAUAGUAUAGUUAUACCCUCCACCCCCCCACCAAACAAAGUUGAAAGGGAGGUUUACGUCCGUCACCAUGCAGAUUUAUUUUCAUUUCUAAAGCUGACUGCUGUUUGCCUGUGAUGAACUUUGAUCUAUGGUUUAAAUUUUUAAUCAAUUACCAUGAAACUUUAGACACCUUGAUCAGAACCAAGUUGGCCAACUAGCAGGCAUUAUUUUAAUAGAAGUUUGUACUUCUCUUAAAUAUUCUUGAUUUGAUGAUAAAUUGAACAAUUUCGAAAUAACUUGGCACAAAUGUUAAAAUAUAUGAGAUUUGUUAUGCACAUUCGCAUGGUGACGGUCAUAAUUCGACAGAUGAAGAUAAAAACAUAACUUAUUGUCAAACCUCUUAAUCUGUGUCAAAGUGUUAUAACAGGCUUUUGUAAAUGUAAACUUUAUUAUAGUUGAGCUUUAUAAACUGUUACUUUUUUUAGUUAAAAGUCUGGUACUCAGAAAAAAAUCAUUUUUUAAAGGGGCCUUUUCACCGAUUUUGGCAUGUUUUGAAGUUUGUCAUUAAAUGCUUUAUAAUGAUAAAUGUAAACAUUGGAUCGAAAAAGCUCCGGCAAAAGGUCAAGAAUAAAAUUUAAAAAAAGGAAAAAAAAGUAGCCCGCAUCAGGGCUCGAACCAGUGACCCCCGGAGUCCUGGAGUAAAAACCAAUUAGACCUCUUGGCCUUCCUGCCAAGUAUGUAUGAGAGACGUAUUUUAUACUUUAUAUAAGCAAUCUUCGUAGUUUAACAAAAUUAAACGACAACAACAGAACUCUCCAAAUUAUUCAAUCGUUUCGCGUUGCAACGCUUUAUAAUUUUCAGGUUUUUAAAUAGUCAAAAGAUGCAUAUAAUGGCUAUAUUAGACCAUGGUAAAUGUUCAGUAUUACUGUUUCCUCGCAAAUAUCAUAACUAAAACGAAAAUUUGCGAAUCUGAAACAACUUUUUUCAAUUUUGUCAAUUUACCAAUACGUGAAAAGAUCCCUUUAAGACUACAUUAUAUUGUUGCCGUGCAGGUCAACAUUGUCAUGCUUUUUUGUCAUUGUUUUACUGUUGAGUUUUUUCUGUUUUGUGUUUAUUGUUAACAUAUGUAUGUUACAUAUUCCUGCAUCUAAACAUAAUUAACUCAAUUUCAUGUGAUUAAUUCUCAUUUAUUUCGAGUCUCUUUCAGAUUCCUAUUGUGUAUAUUAUGUUACACUAAUGAAAUAUUUCUAUAAAGAUUUCCUUUCAAUU